AUGGCGGACCUUCUGCAUCACCACAAACAUCACGACCCCACCAACCAGGGGAUUGUCAGCGUCCCUCACGGCCCCGAAACUGGCGACGACCACGCCUCCUACCCUUAUGCUCACAACCCCGACAAUGAGAAGGCCAUCUUCGCCUAUCUCCUCCAUCCCGAUGACAGCUACACGCCCGAGGGCGUCUACUGGGCCGACCUGCCCAUCCACAAGCGCAUCGCCUUCGUCGCCAAGACCGACAACCAGGAGGCCCUCAAGGAGCUGCGCUCCAUCGGAAGCAUGAUGAAGAAGGAUCCCUUGAGCCCCAUCGGAUGGUAUCUCCGCAAUGCUGUUCUGCCCGGUGCCGGUUUGGGUCUCGAAAGUUACGUCCUCUUCUCCAUCGGUAACCUGACUCCCCUCUUCCAAGCUGCCUGGCCCGCCUGCUGGAAAUCCUUCAAAGUCUGCAACGAGCAAUGGGUCAACGCCGUGACCUAUCUCGAGGUCGUCGGAAUCAUUGUCGGCCAGAUCCUGGUCGGUAUCAUCGGUGAUGGUAUUGGACGUCGUUGGGGUCUCAUUCAGGAUGCUAUGAUCAUGUUGCUGGGUCUGAUCAUGCUGGUCGCGUCGUGGGGUACGUCUCUGAACGGAUGGGUUGUUUGCUACGCCUGGUCCCUCUUCGUCUAUGGUAUUGGUGUUGGAGGAGAGUACCCCAUGACCGCCACGGCGGCCAUGGAGAAUGCCACCGGAUCUGGGAGGGUCUCGACCAAGGAGGACCGUCUUCACCGUGGCCGCAAUGUCACCACCGCUUUCUUGAUGCAGGGAUGGGGCCAAUUCUUCAACCAAGUCAUCCUGAUCAUCCUCCUGCUGAUCUUCCACCACGGAAGCGGAAACCCACCUUACUCCAAGGUGGCCACCCAGUGGGUCUACCGUGUCUCCUUCGCUAUCCCAGCCGUCGGGACGCUCUGGCUCGUCUACUACCGUUGGUACAAGAUGCCUCUGGCAAGCAAGCAGCUCAAUGCUAUCAAGAAGAAGGCCAACGUCACUGGAUACGAUCUCCAAUCCUUGAAAUUGACUUUCUACCACUUUGGUCCUCGUAUCUUCGCCACUGCUGGCGGUUGGUUCUGCAACGAUGUCUUCUUCUACGGCAACAAGCUCUUCCAAUCUCAAUUCAUCAAGGUCAUCUCGCCUACAUCUUCUAACAAUGUCAUGACUGGCUGGCUCUGGAACUUGCUCAACGUCGGUGUCUCCCUCAUGGGAUACUACCUUGCCUCCUUCCUUAUCGACAACAAGAACUACGGUCGCAAGUGGAUGCAACAGCUCGGAUUCCUGAUGGACUUCAUCCUGUUCGUCGUUCCAGCCUUCCACUACAAGUACUACACCAGCAUCGAAGGUAUCCACGCCUUCCAAGCCAUGUACUUCCUCUCCUCUUUCUUCAACCAAUUCGGUCCGAACGCUGUCACCUUCCUCGUCGCCGCUGAAGUGUUCCCCACACCUGUUCGUGCCACUGCUCACGGUUUCUCUGCCGCCAUCGGAAAGUGCGGUGCCCUCCUCGCGUCCGUGCUGUACAACUACAUCACUACGCAACAGAAGUUCUACGUCGUCCCAUGGUUCGGUCUUGGCGGCAUGCUCAUCACCGCCAUCUUCCUCCCUGACACCACCGGUCUCGACCUCAAGGAGCAAGAGCGACGAUGGGAGUACAUCCGCUCUGGUCGCGAGAGUGAAUACCACGGUGUGGCCGUCCACAAGCAGCAUCUUUCCCUCUGGGAGCGCCUCCGUGGCAUCGGCAAAUACUACGACCCCGAGCUCGAUUACCAAAGCAAGAUCAAUGACAUGCGCGCCGACUGGGAGGCCAAGCAGGCAGAGAAGCAGACCAACGAGGACGGACUCGCUAGCGAGGAGGACGAGUACAACGCUGAAGUCCACAGCUACUUCCACGCCACGGGUAACAACUCGCCCUUCCUCAAGCCCAUGAAGCAGCAGCAGCCGUCAACGGACAGCGAUGACAUGAACGAGAAGGCUGCCUCCUAA